AUGCCUUGGUUCUUACUUCUUCAAGAUAUGAGUUCUGAUAUUAAAAAUUCAUCUUCAAGUGGAUGUGAGAAAACUUUGCCACCACAGGAGCAUCUAAACAAGAUAAAUGAAGUGAGGACAUUACUAGGGCCAUUGACUGAGAAGUCAUCUGAGUAUUGCUCAGAUGCUGCCAUUACUAGGUAUUUAGCUGCACGUAACGGCCAUGUCAAGAAAGCAACUAAAAUGCUUAAAGAAACCUUAAAAUGGAGGACUCAGUACAAACCAGAGGAGAUUCGAUGGGAGGAGAUUGCACAAGAAGCUGAGACCGGUAAGAUAUACCGAGCUAAUUGUACCGAUAAGUAUGGAAGACCAGUUUUGGUUAUGAGACCAAGUUGCCAGAACACAAAAUCUACUAAAGGGCAGAUUAGAUUCUUGGUAUAUUGCAUGGAGAAUGCGAUCUUGAAUCUAAAGGAUAACCAAGAACAAAUGGUUUGGUUAAUAGAUUUUCACGGUUUCAACAUGUCGCAUAUAUCGGUGAAAGUGUCUAGAGAAACCGCUCAUGUGUUACAAGAACAUUACCCUGAACGCUUAGGCUUGGCCAUUUUAUACAACCCGCCUAAGAUUUUCGAACCCUUUUAUAAGAUGGUGAAGCCGUUUCUAGAGCCAAAGACUUGCAACAAGGUGAGAUUCGUCUACUCAGAUGAUAACGUUAGUAAGAAGGUUCUUGAGGAUCUUUUCGAUAUGGAGCAACUCGAGGUUGCGUUUGGUGGGAAAAACAGCGAUUUGAGUUUCAAUUUUGAGAAAUACGCCGAGAGAAUGAGAGAGGAUGACUUUAAGUUCUUUGGAAACACAACUGUGUCGUCAUCAACCGCUGCUCAUUUGACCAGCUCGGAUUCUGAAGUUUCAGACUCUGAAAAGAAGAGCUUGGAGGACAAAGAAGAUGUCAAGAUCAAGAACGGAACCUCUUUAGAUACACAACAAGAACCUAAACCUGAAGUCUAGAAUAGAAGAAGCUUCUGAUUUAACAGAAUUAUAAAAAAAACUUUUUUCCCUCUUCUUCUUAACCAAUCUUUACUAAUAAGCUGGAGCUGCAGUUUUUGUUGUUUGUUAUGCAAUAAAAAACCAGUAAAACUUCAGAUUCUUACAUGUUUUACAUAAAUGCUUAUUUAUUUGAUUAAAGAGUUUGGAACAUUUAGC